GUCACUAUAGACUGUAUGAAAGACAGAUAGCCCAAGCCUGUGUCGAGUUGCAUAAUCCUUGCCUCCUCUAGGAGCUGAAUGCGGUUAUCGUCUCCGGCCACCCGUCCGCCCAGCGUCGGGAAACUCGCAACUUCCUACCGCCAUCUUUUCGAGUCUCGAGUCCGAGUCUCCAAAGCUGUCUACCAAUUCAAACAUCGCAAUCAGCAUAUGGUGAGCGGUGACAAUUCACUACUCACAACACUUAACCUGUACCCCAAGAAAACCAUAUACAUUGUAAAUUGGGACACGUCUCUAUUUGCACAGUGCUGUCAUCAGUGAUAGAAGCUGCGAACAAAGUCUGGCUUGCUCUCGCUCGUCCCUCGGCAGCUCCAGCUUAAAUCGACCGUGCAAGUGCAUGAUUGCGAACAGGAUCCACAACCAUGCGCGCAGUAUUGCAGCGAGUAAAGGCUGCUUCCGUGGAAGUAAAUGGCCGCAUCAUCUCACGCAUCGGACCCGGCAUCGUCGCGCUGAUCGGCAUCUCAACGGAGGACACCGCUGCCGAAAUUUCACCGCUUGUCACUAGAGUGCUCGGCGCCAAGCUCUGGAAUGAGGGUCUGACUGCCCAGGCGAUUCUCAGAGGCGAGGCGGAUAAGCUCAUUGUCGCUAAUGGGCAUGGGGGACGAGUUGUCGCCUCUAUACUCGAGGAUGCGAAUGGCAAGCUGGAAGAUCCAGUAAAACAAAACCCAGCUGAUGACACGCAAGACACGGCACUCGCACAGAAUGGCGCCCACAAAUCAGGAGGGGAAGAGCUGUGGGGCGGGAAACCUUGGAAAACAAAUGUGGUGGCUCUGGGCGGAGAAGUCCUUUGCGUCUCACAGUUUACAUUGCAUGCGCGCAUGAACAAGGGCACCAAGCCGGACUUUCACAGGGCCAUGGGCGGUCAAAGCGCGCGGGAACUGUACGAACAGUUUCUCGCUAGUAUGCGUGAAGCAUACAAAUGUGAUUGCAUCAAAGAUGGUCAAUUUGGCGCCAUGAUGGACGUUAGCUUCGUCAACGAUGGUCCCGUCACCAUCAUAUUGGACACUUUUGAUAAAAAGUAAUCACGAAGUUACACUACGACAGAGCCCAGAUCUCUGUGCUUCGUCGAAACGAUGUGCGCAGGGCAAAGCAUCUCCAUCUUUACUCACAUCUUGUAGCCUAAAAAUGGACGGCCAUAUGAAGCCGCCGCACUUGACAUAUCCC